AUGUAUCGCGAUAUCUCGAAUGUCGUAGUGACUGAAAAAUCAGGCGGCCUGGUGCAGCACAUUCAGUUGCCUGGAAACAUCACAAACGAGAGAUUCAGCUGGGUUCCAGGCCAGGAUGAUGGCCAACGUGGACACAGCCCUGACAACACCACAAUAGACCGGAAGGAGCAAAACCGUCAACAUCACUUUGGAUCUGAUAGGAGCGCCCUUUCGGUGCCUAGCCGCCAUGCCACCCGAAGGAAGCACGAGGGCUGGGAUACUGUCAGGUUGCCCAAGCCUAGACAGGGGAAGUCCAGUGGCGAAGUUCCUAAGCUAACCAACCAACCCGCUAAUCAAAAGCCUUCUAUUCUGGUUCAGUGUGCAACUGAAUGUGCUGCACCAGGCCGCCUCAUGUUUCAGUCGCUACGAUAUUUGAACUAUCGCGAUACAUGUAUAUUUGUAAUGUACUACUCAUAA